CUGUACCCUCCCAGCAAGUACAAAGCUUCUUUAGAUAACUUUCCAUCAUUCAUCAUUCUCGACUUUAUUUCUAUGGUAAAUUGUGAAUCUCUCUCUACCCAUAUCUUGUCCUUCUCUUGCAUACUUCUCGAUACACAAAACUCAAAACUUAUUUUGUUUCCUAUCUUUAAGAAUAAACAAACCGGCGCAUUCAUUCCUGUUUCCCACAAACUCAUUGCGAUCGAAUACCUUUCGUCAAUCUACCCCGUACUCAACGCACCUAAAUCCAGCUUCUGGAUGAUUUUAUUGAAUGCGAACAAUAACGGCAUGCUCGCAGGAUCUUAAGAAUAUAGCUCCUGCAGACCUAUUUUUCUCGUUUACAUUAUCUUUGAAAUUGUCACAAUGGCUUCUCAAGCUGCUAUGAUCGCGGACACGAUCGUUGCUAUGAAAAGAGCAGUCAAGAGAAAAGCAUAUGGUAUAUUCUGAUUCCUCUAGCGAAACAAGUUCAUAGAUAUAUCUAACAAUGUUUGGCAGAAUCAGAUUCCGAUGCUUCAAUCGAAAGACUUACAAAUCGAGGAAACAAAUUGCGAAAGAGAGCAAGAUACGUUAAGCAAGGUCAAUUGAUUCCGCCAAGUGGUCGACAUCCAUAUAGAGAGGUAAGAUUUGUAAAUUGAGGGGAUGAUAGGGAACUGUCUAAUAUCUUACUUUUCAUAGACAAUUGAUCAUGCCGGCUACAUGAGAGAUAUUAUCAGCAGGAAACCCGCGCUUAUCGACGAAGAUGGCGAGGAGAUCGAUAGCGAUGAAGAAGACGAAGAAAAAAUCGAAACCGCAAGGGUAGCAGCGGCAGAAUUCGAUCCAUAUGCAAAUAUAAAACUGGAAGGUCCGUAACUCGAAACGGAGUUGCUUCGAAACCCUCUCACUAAUUUUUUCGAAUAGAACUCCUAGCACCUCUAACCGCUUCCUCGGACUUACCAGACCAUCCAAGCCUCUCGCAGCCCUUCACAUCGAAAGUUCUCACAGAAUUAACAAGGAAUGCUGGAGAGAUGGUCCAAAAAGAAAUGGCGUCUUUAUGGAAGAUCAAACAUCUCCUAACCCGAUUUAGCGGUCAUGAUACUUGGAUGCCGUGUGAAUCUGUCGAAACAGAAUAUGAUAGUUCAUUCUUUGAGACCGAAACCGAACGGCACCGGGCUCAAAUAAAGAGAAUUGCAAAAGAGCAUGCGGACCUGAUGUCGAGAGCAACUCUAGCUUCUGAGUCUGACGACAGCGUAGCAGUUUCUGGAUUAAUGAUUAUGGGUGUGGAAGGUGACACUGCGUCUGGGGUCGCUGCUCUCCAGGCGUUGAAAGGAAAAGGAAAGGAAUUGGAUUCUGAAAAAGAUAUGACAUCUACCUCUACAAAUGGAGACAUUGCAGAUACAGCUGGUGCAAACGGCACGGGCAACAAUUCCGUGCAAGCACCCGAGUCAAUACCACCGCCAGAUGAUGUAGACAUGGGUCAAGAUGACUCGCAAGUGACCGGAGAUGCAAUGGAUAUUGAGCCGAUGGGCGAAGAUACUGGGGAUAGUGCCAUUCCUCGUCGUAUGAGGACUCGUGCACAAGCACAAGCGGUGUUUGACAAUGCAACCCGUUCUAGGUCUAUAACACCCGAUUUGAACGGCGAGCCCUUCGUUCACCCUUACUUUCUCGCGCCGGCGAACUCAUUUCCGGACCGAGAUCUUUAUUUGCCACACGGUGAGGCUGAUGAACUGAGAAGAUUGUUGGUGCACUAUAUUCAGAAGCAAGAAGAGAUCAUCCGAGGGGCUCAAAAAGUAUAUGAUGGAUUGUUGAGAGCUGAUCGCAUGCGCCACUUGGUACUGAAAUGGACGAAAGCCGAAGGACAUGUCGGUGACAAUCGUGACAUGUCAGAUGGUGAGGAUUGGUAUGACAAAGACGAAUGGGGAUUAGAUGGGGAUCUUAAGAAAGGACAAGAUGAAGAAGAAGAAGAUGCCGCAACGACAGCUAAGAAGACUAGAACGAGAAGGCAAUGAUUCCAUGAAGGGUAACAAUAUAUUUUGGAUGAGGGAUUUAAUGGGAGGCGUAACGGUAUAGGAAAUUGAAUAGGGGAUAAGGGAUAUACUGUACGAAGAUACCAUGAUUCAUGAUGGGCGCAAUUAGGAAAGAUUGCAUUAGGCAUUUCCAUAUCGAAUGCAUCAAAUGGAUGGAGUGAAAUGGUGCAAGUAUUGGGUAUUCAUAGUGAAGUUUCAAGUAAGGAGGAGUAAGGAGUAAGGAGUAAGGAGUAAGGAGUAAGUGGUAAGUGGUAAGUGGUCAGUGGUCAGUGGUCAGUGGUCAGUGGCCAGUGGUCAGUGGUA